AUGACAGGGAGUGUCAUUAGUUGGUCGAAGAAGCUGCCGUAUGACCUCCUCGGCUUCCGAAUUGACUGCGAGAAGCAGGAGGGUGACGGUAGGGUGGAGGGACGCCACUGCUGCUCCCACUCGCAGGACUGGCGCCCGCAGACGAGGCACCACGCCAUUCCCCAUUCGGAAGUGGAAGUGUCGCCAGGCUCUGUAUCGGACAAGUCGCGGUACAUGGACAUGGAUGACGCUCGACUACUGCCGCCACCACCACCACCACCGCUGCUGCCGCCGCGUUCGUCCGACGGCGGCGGCAAUGACUUGGAUCGACUGGGGUUACUAUUGCUCGUCUGGUGUUGUUGGGCGGCUGCUGCAGCUGCUGCCGCCGCUGCUGCUCUGGCGUGCAGCACAGCUCUCACUCCUCCUGCUGAUUUCCUCGGGCCAUAUCCUAAAAAUGAACGAAAAAUUAAAUACAGCACUUCAUGGGCUAGAAUACCUUGGGGAGAUGGAGAAGAGCCUGUGGAUGCAGUAGACGAGCUGUUGACAUUGGCCUCCUUCCGUUUCAUUCUGCCGCGGAAAGAGGCGUCAUCUGACGUCGGGCUCUGUGACAACGGCUGCAAUGGACUACUGCAUGUCGGACGACGCUUGCUGCUCGGGUCCGGAGAAAAUGUAGUCGGUGGACUCUCUCCUAUCCUCACACUCGACACGUACCUACAACCUCUGGUCGGGGUUUCGGAAUGCCGCCGUGCUGCAAACGCCGCAGCCACUGUCUUAUUCGGUAGAAGCUCCGUCUGCGUCUCCACCGAAUGUCUCUUGGCCAUCACACCGGCGCCAUUACUACUGCUGCCGCCACGACUUGGAGAUGCCGAUGCUGACACACUGCCCGAAUGCGCCUUUCUGCGCGCCAGUGGCACAGGGUCGCCAGACUUGGCAGGGGAAUUCAUCCUUGCAGUGCGCCUGGUCAGAGUCUCCUCGUACGACGGCGGCCGACACGCAGACGAUCCAUUGGAGCACACACUGCCGUUGGUGAGGGUGGAGGAACUGUCGGUCGACUUGACUGUGCUCGUGCUUCCGGUCCGGUUGAUGUUCACUUCCGCCUUGCCCGUCUUGCCACCGCACAUGAUGGCACCGCCCAAAUGCGCCGCCAUUUGCACACACGACGACGAGGAUGUCGAGGAAGACGGCGACGUCGUGAACUCCUUGCCUCGUGAGUUGGAGCGAGACACGUGGCCACAACUCAGCAGUAGCCUGUCGCACGACCUCAGCGUACUCAGGACUACCCGACCAGAGUUUGGUAGCGGAACAGUGAGCAGACUCAAUCUCCUCAUCAGCUCCCAAAUGGUGCGCAGACCUCGACCGGUGCAUCGGGGCUGCCGUGGUUGUGUUUUCAAUCACGAUCCGGUGCUGCAUUGCAAUGUGCUCUUCUCGCCGCCAGAGUGGCCCGAACUCGUGCUCUCAUUCUCCUCCUCGUCCGGGGUGUACAACUGCGUGUCCGACAUGGUCAGUCCCGAAUCCCGACUCAAAUUCGUCAAGCUCAUCUUGUCCUUGCGCGGCAACGGACUCGGCUCCUCGCCCAUCAACUCCCGCUCCAGCGAGUCGCCCUGGCCCGAAUGCAGACUGUCCGACUCCUCGGCGCCAGAGUCCUGCCGACUGCCGCCCAACGGCGCCUCGCCAAACAACUGCAGCGUCUCGUGGCCAAACAACUCGGCGCAGCGGUCGAUCAUCAGCUCCACCAGGGACGGCACGAGGCGGGAGGUUUCGGGUCCCAUGGCCAGGGCCGCGGCAACAGCGUUGCCAGAGCCGGCCAGCGGCGAGCCGUUGGACUGCAUGGCGUUGGCGGGCCACAGGAGACUCGGGCCAACGCACACGGCCAGGUUGGAGGCGGACAUUUGGUUCUGGGCGGACCUGCGGGCAAUGUGGUGCAGCACGCAGAGGAAGUGCUGCAGCAGCGUCACGUUCUCCUUGGGCAGCUUGGAGAACAACCUGAAUCAUAAAAAAAAGGAGAGGAUAAUUAGCAUUUCCAUCCCAAACGCGCCAAACGUCUUUCUCAGAAUAUCAAUUAUACAAGCUCUGGGAAACUGCCAGCCACUCGUGGAACAGAUUAGAACCCAGCAGGCAAUCGGGCAAGGAUCGCAAAAAGUCCUUCAGCAGUGCAGAAACCGUCAGAAUUGGCACCUGUUCCCAAUCGAUCCCGUCCGGGUUCGUGUCCAACUGCUCCCUCAGUUCCCGCACUUGCCUCGCAUUGGCCGACUUGCGGAAAAUCCCAGGAGAAAAAUGCGUACCAUGACGGGCCUCGGAACAGUUUCCGUCUCGCACAACUUGGCCAGGGGCUGGCCAAAGAGAAGGCCGCCGGGAAACGGCGCCAUGGCACUCGCGGGACCGGCGCCGUCCGUCGAAUCCAGCUUCGUCAGCGACCGCCUAAACAUCUUGUGUAUCCGAAUCGGCGACUUGUGA